AUGAAUCUCAAAGAGAAGAUACAAAAGGCAUCCGCUCAUUCAAAAAGCAUGUUGAAGAAGAGAAGUAAACAAGAUGAAGUAGAAACAACAUCUAAGUCCUCAUCGGAGCAACAAAAGAAACGAAAGAUGGAUGCUCCGAACAACGUUGCAAAAACAUAUCAACAAAAAUCCUAUCAAGGAUAUAUUGAUCAAUUAGAUGAAUGUAUGAACAAUCAACCAGGUUUUACCUCAUCUCAUAGUUUAACGUCAUCGGAAGGAAAGGGAGCCACCAAAAACUCGCUUGCUUCAACUUCUAAAUUAAUUCACAUCACUAACAGUAACGCCAUUCAUCCAAUAGUUAGGAAAGAUUUAUUGAAUAGAGAUAAUGAAGAAAAUGUUUUUCUUUCUCUCAUUCAAAGCGUUGUUUUUGAUAAUAUUUUGAACGGAAAGGAUGUCGUUUGCGAAUAUUGUUCAGUAGGAAGUUACUCAUCGUUUGAUGCUCAGAAUAAUGUGUUGGAAGAUUGUGCAUUGUCGUAUUUAAUUCCAUUACUCACCAAUGUGUAUAAGGUUACAAAAUCUAAGAAGCUUAAUAAUUUAGGACUCGUACUAUUAGAUUCAGAGGAGCUGCUAAAAACUCUGAAAACAACCGUUGAAACAACUUUACCUUCGUCUCUAGAAUCUGGUAUUAUUUCUUUUGCACAAAAUGAAGAAGAAAUUGAAGAAAGCUCUAUUGUGAUUUCAACAUUAAGUCAUAUUAUUCGAGUGCUGAAGGAGCGGCCGGAUUUAUUCUCAAAAUCUUUACGGUGUGUCGUAUUUCACUUAGGAAAUGAUUAUUAUGGCCGACUUUCAGAGUUAUUCAAUACUCUAAGUGAAGUUUGCAAAUAUUUACCACAAAAAACUUCUCGUCAGACUCUAUUUUACUCCAAUUCCAUAUCGAGUAAGACUUCAGAAUAUGUCUUGAACAAUUUGACAAGAGCACAUCCUCCAUUUGUGAAAAUGAGUGAUAUUUUAGCUGAAGAUGCUCUCAUCAAACAAUCCAUUGAGAUGGAUAAGAGUAAGCAACGACAUUCUUACAUCUAUGUGAAUUAUCCUCUCAAAUUAGUUUACUCAUUCUCGUUAUUAGGAUUUCUCGCAAAAUAUAGAACAUUUCAAACCAUAUUUAUUUAUUUUGAAAAUGCAGAACUUUGUGAAUACUACUCUUCCUUAUUUACACAAACGAAAGAUUACAAAUCACUUACAAAGAAAACAACCAUUCAUUUUGUCUAUGAUGGCAUGAUUCACACACCCACAUGUAAAGAUGCAUCUCGAGCAGUUGUUAUUCAUUUUGACAUGCCACAAGACAAUGCCACCUACUUGCAAAGAAUUGGAAAUGUUCGAAGGUCCAUUGUUCUUUACACAAAGGGAAUGAGCCCUACCUCUGACACUCUAUUUUCUGAAAAAUCAGACCAUUUAGAGAAGUAUGACAAGUUUUCUACGGAACAACAUUUGGAUUUAUCGAUUCAAUUUCAGUGUGAAAAGGCUGUUGAAAAGAGUAAUGCACUGAGAGAUGCUUUGAAGCCUGCCCUUAAAUCCUUUAGAAUGCUUCACGGUACCUUUCUUGAUUCUAUUGCCAUAAGAAAACAAAAAUCAAAUAUCAAAUCUGUGAAACACAAAAACAAGCUCUUGCAAGAUUCUGAGAUUUUACAGCCAUUUGCAGUGACAGAAACCAAUGUUGUUCAAAAAUCAUACGAGUUCUUUAGAGGACUUCUUCUACCUGAAGAGUUGUGUUAA